AUGCGUUCUACAGAGAUCCUCGCCAUUGCCCUCGGCUUGUUCGCUUCUGCAGCCUACUCAGCACCAACUGGCACUAUCAACGGCCGUGGACCCCAGACCGAUACGCAACCAGCAGAAAACGCCGUCAAUGACGCCGUCAACAAACUCCGACCUGCUUCCACUCUAAAGUCUCGUGGACCCCAGCUCGAUGCCAGGGCCCCACAGGACCCCAUUUCCGAUGCCAUCAACAGACUCCGACCUGCUUCCGGUCGUCGCAGCGCUCAGGGCCCAGGUGCUGCGUUCGAGUCUAUUGAGAACGCUCUCAACCCUUCUAGCCGUAAGGUACGCAGUCCCCAGGCACCGGGGGGCAGGAUUGAGGACGACGGAAACAACAACCUCAUCCGACCAAACCCGCCUUCUCGUCGUAGCGCCCAGGGCCCAGGUGCUGCGUUCGAGUCUAUUGAGAACGCCCUCAACCCUUCCAGCCGUCGCAGCGCCCAGGGCCCAGGUGCUGCUUUCGAGUCUAUUGAGAACGCUCUCAACCCUUCCGGUCGUCAGGUGCGCAGUCCCCAGAGACAGGGCAGGGUUGAGGACGACGGCGGGAACAACAACCUCCCCCAAGCAAACCCGCCUUCUCGUCGUAGCGCCCAGGGCCCAGGUGCUGCUUUCGAGUCCAUUGAGAACGCCCUCAACCCGUCUGGCCGUCGCAGCGCCCAGGGAGAGAACGGCGAGAAUGAAAACGGCAUCAGGCCCAACGUCCCCCAAGCCCAGGGCCCUCCCAGUCUGAAGACUCGUAGCCCCCAGACUGCUAGCAACAGAAAUGGACCAGGACAAGCCUCCAGCUCUGAUGAUGACUCUUCCUGA